CCACGCCCCGUAUGACUGCUUUGCUCCUCCGCUGUGCGUGCGAGGGACGUCGGGGCGGUGCCGCAGCAGUUGCCCCUGGUAACGGGGGAGGCCGGAGGAGGAGGAGGAGGAGGAGGAGGAGGAGGGAUUCGGCGGGAGGAUGGGCUUGCUCUCAAUUUUGCGCAAAUUGAAAAGUGCACCAGACCAGGAGGUGAGAAUCCUUCUCCUGGGCUUGGAUAAUGCUGGCAAGACCACUCUUCUGAAGCAGCUUGCAUCUGAAGACAUCAGCCACAUUACACCUACACAGGGUUUUAACAUCAAAAGUGUACAAUCACAAGGUUUUAAACUGAAUGUAUGGGACAUUGGUGGACAGCGAAAAAUCAGACCAUACUGGAGGAAUUAUUUUGAAAAUACUGAUAUUCUUAUAUAUGUAAUUGACAGCGCAGACAGAAAAAGAUUUGAAGAGACGGGUCAGGAACUAGCUGAAUUACUGGAGGAAGAAAAACUAAGUUGUGUGCCAGUGCUCAUCUUUGCUAACAAGCAGGAUUUGCUCACGGCAGCCCCUGCCUCUGAAAUUGCAGAAGGACUGAAUCUGCACACCAUCCGAGACCGAGUCUGGCAGAUCCAGUCCUGCUCAGCUCUCACAGGCGAGGGCGUUCAGGACGGCAUGAACUGGGUCUGCAAAAAUGUCAAUGCUAAGAAGAAAUAAAAUCUAGAUGAAUGGAGACGCGGGAGCUGCGGGAGCUGAAUUCUGUCCUGAAAAACACUAAUUUGCUGCUUUCUGACCAAAUGUUUUUCCAUCUGUGUACAGCUACAGCUGUUUGAAGAGAGGGAACAACACAGUUUAAAAAGAAUCCCCAUUCCAGCAGUAGAUUUAACUGAUCUCUGAGGUUCAGUAUCAUUUUUCAAAUAAAGGAAUUAUAUUAUUUCCUCUGCAUAA